UGCUGGAUAUUGUUUAUGGUAAAUGUUUGAAAAGUUUGGUGCCUAAGUGACCCCUACUCUCAUAAUUCUCUAAAUAUUUUUUUUUCUACUUUUUAAAGCAUUAUAUUUCAGAUGUAAAGAACGGGACAUAACGUAAAUGAGCCCAUGGACAACAGGAAGAGGCAACCCAGUUCUUCCAGUACAGGGAGUUUUGUCUUUUGGUCCUCCUCGUUUCCCCGUCAAGCAGCAAGGGUCCUGAUUGUGGAGGCAUUGCCCCCCGGUUGGUCAGACACUUGCGCUGUGCUUUGUGAUGCCCUGGAUAACUUCCUGUCGCUGGCCUGCAGCCUGGAUGGACCCUGCAGGAUACCCCUACUCAGCCUCUACGCCAUCAGCAGGCAGCAGGAGUGUCUGCUUCCAUUUGUGCAGGUUCGUGGAAAUUUAGCCAGGCUACAUUCCUGCGUCGAGGAGCUGAGGUCUAUUCCAGGUGAAAGUUGCAUUAAAAGUGCAGCCAAAGGAGGCGAUCUGCUGCGACAGACGGUGUUGGACAGUCUGCAGCAGUUUAAGCAGUACGUCAAACACGCCAGCACAGGCAACCAGGCCUGCAGCAACGCAUCUGUGGAGAUUACUGUGGUGACCAGCCAGCCGGGGCGCGGCCUGAUUCAUCAGUUGGAGAGCGGCCUGAAAGAAGCUGACCUGGUGCCACUCAGGCGGCUUCUGGUUGUUCAGAUUGUUGGAGCGAAUGACUGGAGCCUGGACUCCCACUCACCUGAAGCCACAAUGACUGAAGACUCACUGAUGUUGGGGACAGAGGUGGACCUGCAGCAGGUGGAGAACAGCGUUUUCGCCAUGGAAACGGUGUUAAAGGCGUGGCUCCAGGAGCAGGGAGGAGAGAGGGAGCACCUCCACCUGCUGCUUCCCAGCCUGGCUGACAACCCGCUUCCAGUUUGUGUGAAAUGUGACAUGCUGGAGCGCCUGAUAAGCCCCGCCCUCAUCCCUUUGACCCCCAGCCUGGGCGUUAAGACAGAGAGCCUUCGUGACUUCCUGCCGGCAGUCAAGGGCCCCGGAAAUCAAAGCCCGACUCCUCAGAGGCUGAGAGCGAUCAAGGUCCUGCAUGCAGACGGAGUGUGUGAGAGUGUGCUGUACGGGCUGCCGCUAGUGAUCCGGCCCACCACCUGUUGGCAGCUGGAGUGGGACGAGAUGGAGACCAACAACAGCCUUUUUCAUGCACUCUGCCAGACACUGCGGAAUCAAGACUUGUUCCUGCUGCUGAAGGUGGAACCUGAUAAGAAAUCCCCAGCUGGAGGUUCAGGUGUAUAUUCCCACUUCGUCCUCCAGCCGUCUCCAUCUCUUUCCCUCCUGCUGAAGCCCGUCGCUUCCAGAGAGCUGCUGCUGCCUUGCUCACUGCCCGUCUCCAAUCAGGACCCCUCUCCUAAUGCCAUGCAGAGCAUACAGGCUUGCCUCUCUCAGCUGGAUGAGGACUUUGUGUUGAACCCUCUCUUACUGAGCAGCAACCUGUACCAGCACCUCCGGAGCAGAGCGCUCCUCUCACAGCCACGAUACCCGUACAGGCUUCAGUCGGCAGCCGCCCAUAGAGAGCAGCCGCAGGCGGCAGAAAGCAGCAGAAACGCAGUCGGCCGACAGCAGCGCCAGCCUCCAAACCGCCAGCUUGGACCCAGCAGCAGGGUCAGGGCCACCGUGGCUCCGCUGCCCUCCGCCUCCUCCUGCUCCUCCUUCCUGCUGGGACCCCCUCCGGCGAAGGCCUCCCGCCCCGCGCUGCACUUCCUCGGCAGCGGCCGCCGGGCCCCGGCCCCUCCUCUGCAGGAAGAAGACAGUGAUGACUGUUUGAUUUUACAGUAAGAACAAUGAAUGGUGAGUGGAAGAAAGGAGUCAAAGAGAAAGGGAGAGGUGAGCGCUGCGCCGCAGAGGGGUUUCCCUGCAUUAGGAGCAAACCUUAGUCAGCACAAAUACACCCUCAUUUGGCUAAUUGGGCUCGUUGUAAAACAUAUGAGCACCCACAUGGCUCCUAAAGUAUUUAAAGACAUUGUUAAAAAACAAAAAAAAUGCUUUAAUUUGAAGCUUUAGUGCUCUGGAAAUGUAUUCAUAGUCUUUGAAUUAGUCGAAACCACAAAUGUUUGGUGUGUUUUAUUGGGAUUUAAGGUUAAAGAGCAGAACUGUGAAGAGGAAGGAAAAUUAUAUGUGGGCGGCAUUAUUUUUCUUAAACUGUGACAAUCUGAAAAGUGUGGUGUGCAUUUAAAUUCACCCAACCACCCAAGUAAAACCCUCAACAAGCCACAUUAUGCUUUAAACCUUCAAAUUGUUGUUUUGUGAUAUAACUCAAGCUUUUUGACUUUGGAUGGAAAGCCCCAGUGAACAUCAAUUGUCAAGUCUGGGCUUUGACUAGGUCAUAAACGCGACGCAAACCAAGUCCUGUAACAGGCAUUUUGUGACAAGAAUCCUGCAUUGUUUGUGUUUCUUGGUUUUACGCACUCAAAUUGGACUUCAGUUACUAAUUAGGUGACAUUUAAAGACAGCUGGUUUUAUUUGCAGAUGCCAGAGUAAAGUUGCCAUGUAUCUGAAUUACACACCACUUCUGAAAACUCACAAUACGACAAAAAGUGAAAAGGUUAGAGAGGGUUUUUAUACUUGUGUGCCAUAUUUGUGACUGCUUCAAGCCUACAAUAAUCAGAACAUCUUUAGUAGGAACCGAAUCGAACUUGUGAGGAGGUGAGCUGGUGCCACGUGCAGAAUGCUGAGGCAGCACACUUAAACUGCAAACCUACAAAGACUGAAAACAUGAGACGAAGGGAAGCAGCAGGACAAUGAAGGCUUCCUUCAGUAAUGAGGAGGAAGAAAGAACAAAAGGUUCCUCAUGUAGGCAGAUGAAAGCCUCUGCAUGUAUAUAAAAAAAUCACUUCCUGCUUUUAAUUUAAGACCCCCCAAAAGAUGAGAGUGAACACAUCAGACACACCAUGUAUGUACAGUAAUGUGUGCAUAAAGCCCCAUAGACAAAAACACACACAAGUGCGCGUUUCUUUUCAUUUUGGCCUUUGAGCCCUGAGUUUGAACACAGCAUCUCUGUUAUAAAGCAGCAGACAGAAGGGCCUCUCUGCUGGGCCCCUCCUGCAAGCAGAACCAAGUGAUAAAAAUCUCCAGCGUGAGACUUCUGUGAAACGGCGAACGUGGAAAAGAAAAAUUUCCAUGGUGUUUUUGGCCUGGUGGUUGAUUUAAGUCGAUGAAGUGGCUUCGUUUACGUUUGCUCUCAUUUAAUGGAUGAUUCACGCUCUUACGCAGAUUCCGCUCGGUUGAAGACUCGUCUGUCGUCACUUGUCUUAAUUUAUUCCUCUUCAGGAAGCUGCAUCAUCCCCACACACAGACGCUCACACACAGUUAAUGAGGAUCCCGCCAUUCCGCCCCCCUGCUGAACCUUGCAGUACCAACGGGUGACUGGCAUGACACCGCAGCUCCUCUGCGUUCACAAACCCAAACCACAGCGAAGCGUUUUGUUCCCAGAGGCCUAAUGCUCGGACCUUUGCAACUUUCCGCUGACGUCUCACCCUUGUUGUUUUCUGCGGUGUCUUUUCUCUUUUAAUUGCCUUAAAAAGCGGAGAAGUUGAGUCAGCGCGUGCAGAUUUCAUAAAUUGGUUCAGGGAGAACAACAGCAAGCCCCACUGUCCGCGUUGAGGGUCAAAAGGUCGAAGCUGGAGGUCCUUCUGUUUGAUCCUAACGCUGUCAGACACACUUCACAUUUAAAUAACAUCAGAGGACAAAAGUGUGCUUGUUUCUGUUUAAACGCUGUGGCAGCCGUUCAUGUUGUUCUACUGUUACAUGUUGACUCGUUAAUGUUGCAGUUCGGCGUUUGAUUCGUGUUUCGUUUCUUCCUGUUGUGCGAUUUUAAAGGUUCGUCCAUGAAGGAAAUGAACAGUUCAUCUUUUAACUCAGUUCUCUCUGCUGUGUGUCUUCACUGUGUUCUAUAUUUAUAAAUUUCUUAUCUCUGUAGCAUUUGGGUUACUAAAUAAAAGCGACAUUUGUUGGAAACUUUA